AUGAUUUCAAGAAUUGUAAGAGAAACUGCUUUUCCGAAGAACAUAGUGAAAUUAUUCUCUACAUCUUCAUAUCUCCAAGGUAUUCCAAAAAAGAAUAAAUUACCUCCAAGACCAAAAUGGCUCAUAAAGGAAGAAGAACUCAAAGAAACAUUUUUACAUGGAGGUUCAGGGGCCGGUGGACAAAAAAUUAACAAGUGUAAUAGUAAAGUUCAACUAACUCAUAUACCAACAGGAAUAGUAGUAAGUUGUCAAUAUUCUCGAUCUAAAGAAUCCAAUAGAAAAAGAGCUAGAGAAAUUUUAGCAUCAAAAUUAGACGAUUUACAAAAUCCUGAAACUAGUAGAAAUGCCAUACUUGUGAAAAGAGCUCAAAUGGUUAAACAAAGUAAAGCUAAAAAAUCUAAUAGAAAAUAUAAGAAGUUAGAAGAGGAGAAGCUUGAAAAUGAGGAAACUACCCCAGAGAAACCAGUAGUUAAUGCUGAAGAUGCUUUUGAACAAUUUUUAAAAUCAGCUAAAGUUGAUUUAUCAAAUUUUAAAAAAAAUGCUGAUUUAGAAAAUCAAGCAGGCUCGCUGUAUACUAAUAAUGCUUCUAAUGUUGCUUGGAAUAGUUUCCCAUUGGAUAGUGCUCGUGGAACGGGACAAGCAAAUAAUAAUCUGGGUGCACCUAAAUCGACACAACUGCCAGCUAAUGCUGUCGGUUCCUCCGCUUCUCCUGCUGCUGUUGGUGGUGCAGGUGUUGUUGCUGCCACUGAUGCUAACCCAGACGGUGCUGCAAAUGGAUCUCCAUCUGAUCUGGAUUUCAAACGCGUUUUAGAUAAUUUUGAUAAAGUUAGUGCUGGUGUUCAUAAAUUAAAUCCUCAAAAAUAUAUUAAACGAAUGUCAACUAUUCAAGUUAAAAAAGAUGAAAAUAAUCAUCAAAUUGUGGAAACUUAUGUUGGUAGACCAAGUGAAAGUCAAUACGCUCGAGUUACAGAACAAUUUGAUACUUUGUCUCGUACUUUGUUUAUUCAAAAUAUGCUUGAAUCUAAGGUCAAAGAACGUGAAUAUGCUAUUAGAGAAGUUAGAGAUCCAUUUCUGACCAGUCAUGUGACUGUUGGUGGUAUUGUUGUUGUAGUAAAGCCAUUCCAUGGUGCUAAUGACUAUGAGUUUUCUUCAUUAUAUACUGGUGAUUUGUUGCGUAUUAUUAAGUUCUACAUUCGUGAAGACAAUGGGUCGACCAAACCAAUCAAAUUAACAGAGGUUCCCACUGGAAAUGGUAAUAGUAAUGGUGUAGAGGAAGAAGACGACGAUGACGACGAAGAUGAAGAGGAGGAAGCGGAGGAAGAACAAACAGCUGAUGCCUCUGCUGGUUCAACGGGAAAUGGUGAAGUCUUCAUUGACAAAACUGACCCUAACUACGGAAAUAUUUAUUGUACUGGAAUUUUGCUCAACACCUAUUUAAAUUACAAUGGCAAAACCAAUGAUUUAUCAUUACAAUUAAAGAAAACAGAUCAAGCAGAUCCUGAAUUACUUAAAGAUUUCCCAUUAAGUAUUGUUUCAUUAGAAACUACUGUAUUAAAGAAUAUUUAUACAGAAGAAAAUGCUAUUUAA